ACUUUCACUCACUCGCACACGUAGAGACGUACCUUUUUUGUUUUUUUUCUUCUUCUUCAUGGUGUUGUGUUUGUGUAUAUAAGAACCCAAUAUAGCUCAAACGCCUCCCCUUUCUUUCUUCCGCUCAAAUAUAUAAAUAUAGAGAGGGACGAGAAGUGAUGAGAUGAAGCGAAGCGAGUCAGAGCUGGCUCUCCAAGAGGUUAUAAAGAAGACAAGCCAUAGCCAUAUUAUUAAAGGUGGAGACAUGAAGGAAAUCCAUGAUAUCGCUUUUCCUUCCGAGCUAGAGGGCUUUUUCAGUGAUUUUUGUUCUGCAGAUUUCGCUUUCGCCUUCAAAACUCUGGACAAGAUGAAUGGUUUAACAAGUGGUGGAGUUGCAGAAUCCGUUGGGGUGUGGUCUGGCCAUAUGAGCCCAAAGCAGUCCAGGACCUCAUCAACACCCAUUGAUGCCCACUCGUCUGUUUGCGCAUCCGCUAACAAAGCACAAGACAGAGAUAACCAAACAAGAGUGUUGACAAGCAGUGGUUCCUCGGAUGAUGAAGAUGUAGAGAUAGAAGCUGGUCCUUGUGAACAGAGCACUAACCCCACUGAUGUAAGACGCAUUAGAAGGAUGGUUUCUAACCGGGAAUCAGCUAGACGAUCCAGAAAAAGAAAGCAAGCACAUUUGCAUGAUCUUGAAUUGCAGGUGGACCAACUUUCAGGAGAAAAUGCAUCUCUGUACAAGCAGCUUUCAGAUACCACUCAACAAUAUCGGGAUGCUGAUACAAAUAAUCGAGUGCUUAAAUCAGAUGUAGAAGCUUUGAGGGCCAAGGUGAAAUUGGCUGAAGACAUGGUGACUCGAGGCUCCUUAACCUGUAGUUUGAAUCAACUUAUCCAAAAUCAACAUCAUCUAACUUCACCCCCACCGCUGAACCGCCAUAGUAUUCGAGCAGUAGCAAAUGUGUCGCCAACAGUCACAAUCAAUGGAGAUCAUGAAAACUCUUACGGUGGAAUGGCACUCUCUGGACCUGCGCUUAGUGACGCCAAUCUCAGGAAUAGUGUCAUCAGUGACGCCGUCAGCUGUGUUACCGAGCUCUGGCAUUAAAACCUCUCUUUCUUAUUUCCCUUCAUUAAAUUAGCUAUUUUGUUUGUAGUUUGUACAAUACAUGGUGUUUUAUUUAGCCUGCUACAACUAUUUAUAAAUAAAACAGUAAGCUAUUGAGUAGCUUAUUUGAUGUGUACUUAACACAAACAAAACAAUCUUUUCUUUAAUUAA